AUCCAUAUUUUAUGUGCGCAGGCUGCUCAGUGACGGAGCGCGGACACGCGGCACCUGCGGGACUUUAUUUUAAUUAUCCUUAUAAUAAUAAUAAUAAUACUAAUAGUAAUAUAAAAAGCGCGUGGGGGGAAACAGCGUGCGGGUGCGUGUGCGCGUGUUUGCCAGACGAAGUGCGCGCGUCCUUAUAAUAAAUAUCCUGAGAGAGGAGAGAGAGAGAGAGAGAGAGAGAGAGAGAGAGAAAGAGAGAGAGAAGAAAAAAACGCCGUCGUGUCGUUUACACCACCUUUCUCUCGGAUUUGUGUGUGAACGCGCCAACACUAAAGGAUAAUGUCUGCCCCAGCCCCUGCCGGCGCUCCUGCCCCUGAGGGAGGGAACCAGGCUCCUCCUAACCUGACUAGCAACCGCCGCCUACAGCAGACGCAGGCUCAGGUGGACGAGGUGGUGGACAUUAUGCGUGUGAAUGUGGAUAAAGUUCUAGAGAGGGACCAGAAGCUCUCAGAGCUAGAUGACCGAGCCGACGCACUGCAGGCCGGAGCCUCUCAGUUCGAGACCAGCGCCGCCAAACUCAAGAAUAAAUACUGGUGGAAGAACGCCAAGAUGAUGAUAAUCCUGGGGGUGAUAUGUGUUAUCGUGCUCAUCGUCAUCAUCGUCUACUUCAGCACCUAAAGGGCAAGUUUCCUACCCCACCCUGCGCCUGAUUUACAGCUAUUCAAUCACUACCCAACAAACGAGUGUAAAUCUGUGUCCUCGAUGACCCCCUGUAGGGACCCCGGUCUCUCUGCGUCCCCACGUCCGGCCUCUGAGCGUGCGUGUGUGUGGGUGUAUGUUUGUGCGCCCACGUGUGUGUCCUCUGUAAAUACAUCCCGCUUUUCUGAGAUCUCUGGAAGCAGACGGUAAUCCUGGUAAAUCUCUCGGUGUGUGUACAACUUGUCCUUAUUUGUAGAGUUUUAUUUGUAGAGUUUGUGUAUGGGUGUGUGAUUGUAUUAUUAUUAUGAUUAUUAUUAAUAUAUAUAUUUUUUAGUUUUUUUUUUUUUUUGGUUUCUUUUUUUUGUAUGACUUCUUUGGCUUGAAAAAAACUGCCUAUGAAUCUGUGUGUAUAUACACCGCACGAUGUGUGUCACUUCGUACGUUCGUAGCUUACUUCUUUAACCGAACUACUCUUCCAAAAUCUGACGUUUCUCUCUGUCUAUCUCUUUCACACUCUCUUUCUGUCAGUUCAUCUGUAAUUCUUUCUUUCCUUCCUUUCAAUGAUACUUUUUUAAACUGCCACAGAAAUGAUUUGGACCAAUAGCGAUAGAGUUAUAUUUUUAUUAAGUCUGUAGUGUCUUAUCUCUUAAACAUUCCUUUGUCGCAGGGUAGAACCACGCCGUCUGAAAACACGCCUACAGGAAUAUUUUACAAACGGUUCUGUAAUUGGCAAAAAAAAAUAAAAUUAAUUACAGAUGCACACGACCAACACAAUAAAACAAGGGGGAAUCAGCAUGCACAAGAACCUCGUUUUUGAUGGCGCUUUUAAGCCGAAAAUUAACGAUAUUAAUAAUUUUAAAGCCGAGCUGCCAGCAGAAUUAAAGCACACUGCUCGCAUUAUGACCGAGUUAGUAAUCCUGAUAUUAUUUUGAUUUUAUGUUCAUAUGUAGGAAUAGAGUAUAUUUAUCAUUAUUUUUUUGCAUGUGGAAAAGGGACCAGAUCAUGACAUGGAGUGUGGUUUUGUGUGUGAGUGUGUGUGUGUGUAUGUGCUUGUUGAUCUUAGCUGUCUAGUUUAUACACUGCCAAGCAGCUGGGGAAAUUUGUUUUGUGUGUUUUUUCUGUACCCUUUAUGUCCACACUGCUCAUACCAGUUUGCUUUUAUGCAUACAUUGAUAUAACAUAAUGCCACCUACACAGAUGCAAACACACACACACACACACACACACACACACACACACACACACACACACACACACAAAUACACAGGUCGCCAGUCACGUAGAGCCAAUCUGUCAGCAUGAAAUGAGCCAGUGAUGAUGUGUGGAGCCACACGUGACCAUUUUUACCACAAACACAGACACACAAAGACACACAAGACACACACACACGCACACACGCACACACACACCUCCCCCAUGGCCAUAUGUACAGCUCGCCAUUGGAUUAAAUGACAAAGCGAAGGAUAUUGUGGCUUUAAAGAAUAAGACUGUGUGUGUGUGUGUGUGUGUGUGUGUGUGUGUGUGUGUUUGCAUCCAUGUACUUUUAAAACAAAACCUCCAAAAACUAUGCUAAUCAAUUAUGAUAUCUAGCUAACACCUUCUAGACAGUUCAUUUCUAUUAAGAA